ACUCAAAGCUUCUCAGUCUUGGAUGGGAGUAGAGACGAGGAGGUUGACGGUCAUGGAUAGGUUCAGGAGUGAUUGGUUCUGCCCACAUUGGUGGGGCCUGGACACAUUUUGGUUCACUGCAAUAAUUUCUUCCAGGAGCUGCAGUCUUGCGGGCGCAAGACGUGGGCCUGAUAACCCCACAGGCAGUAGUGCUGGGGAAGAGCGAGCUCACCAGCCGCCGGCUGGAAGACCCUGGGAGAGUAGCAGGGUUGGGUUGGUUCUCAGUUCUGUUUUGCGCCAGGCUGUGUGGUGGGUGCAGAGCCUGGGUAAAUGAAGCUUUCCGGCUCGACCGCUCCCAACCUGGGCACACACGGUCUCCUGUCCUGCAAGGGGCAGUUUUGGGGCAUCCUCCCUGGUUGGGGCAACCCAGGGGCGCAGGGCGCGGCCCCGGGAGCGCAGCUCCUUCCAGGGCAGAGGGCGGCGCGAGGGAGGGAGCGAGGGAGGGAGCGAGGGAAGGGAAAGGCGAGCGUGAGCUGCCUCAAAUGCUUGGAAUAAUUCCGCUUCCGUUUGGAAAGCCGCAGCCUCAGUCCCGCCGCCGCCCGCUGCGUCCGCCCAGCGCCAGCUCCGCGUCCCGACCGGCCCGCGGCAGCCUGCGCCGCGCCAUGGCCACCUCCCCGCAGAAGUCGCCUUCUGUCCCCAAGUCUCCCACUCCCAAAUCGCCGCCGUCCCGCAAGAAAGAUGAUUCCUUCUUGGGGAAACUUGGAGGGACCCUGGCCCGGAGGAAGAAAGCCAAGGAGGUGUCCGAGCUGCAGGAGGAGGGAAUGAACGCCAUUAACCUGCCCCUCAGCCCAAUUCCCUUCGAGCUGGACCCCGAGGACACGAUGCUGGAGGAGAAUGAGGUGCGAACAAUGGUGGAUCCAAACUCACGCAGUGACCCCAAGCUUCAAGAACUGAUGAAGGUAUUAAUUGACUGGAUUAAUGAUGUGUUGGUUGGAGAAAGAAUCAUUGUGAAAGACCUAGCUGAAGAUUUAUAUGAUGGACAAGUCCUGCAGAAGCUUUUCGAGAAACUGGAGAGUGAGAAGCUAAAUGUGGCUGAGGUCACCCAGUCAGAGAUUGCUCAGAAGCAAAAACUGCAGACUGUCCUGGAGAAGAUCAAUGAAACCCUGAAACUUCCUCCCAGGAGCAUCAAGUGGAAUGUGGAUUCUGUUCAUGCCAAGAGCCUGGUGGCCAUCUUACACCUGCUCGUUGCUCUGUCUCAGUAUUUCCGGGCACCAAUUCGACUCCCAGACCACGUUUCCAUCCAAGUGGUUGUGGUCCAGAAACGAGAAGGAAUCCUCCAGUCUCGGCAAAUCCAAGAGGAAAUAACUGGUAACACAGAGGCUCUUUCCGGGAGGCAUGAACGUGAUGCCUUUGACACCUUGUUUGACCAUGCCCCAGACAAGCUGAACGUGGUGAAAAAGACACUCAUCACUUUCGUGAACAAGCACCUGAAUAAACUGAACCUGGAGGUCACAGAACUGGAAACCCAGUUUGCAGAUGGGGUGUACCUGGUGCUGCUCAUGGGGCUCCUGGAGGGCUACUUUGUGCCCCUUCACAGCUUCUUCCUGACCCCGGACAGCUUUGAACAGAAGGUCUUGAAUGUCUCCUUUGCCUUUGAGCUCAUGCAAGAUGGAGGGUUGGAAAAGCCAAAACCGCGGCCAGAAGACAUAGUCAACUGUGACCUGAAAUCUACACUACGAGUGUUGUACAACCUCUUCACCAAGUACCGCAACGUAGAGUGAGGGGCUGCCCUGGGCCCCCCACUGCCCAGGAGUUCUUGCUGUUGGCGUACUGGACCAUCCUCCGAACUGCCUUACCCUGCUUAUUCCUGUCUCUUGCACUGUGCUCUCCCACAAGUCCGCUGCAACCCAGAGAUAGUGGAAACCGAAAUUAGGAAGGAAAUCAUUAAUAACUCAGUGGGCUGACCCAUCCCUCCCAGGCCCUGGGGACCAACCUAGCAAUGAAGGUUGGGAAGGUUGUUCCCAUCCCGGUGCCAGGUCCAGAUUUCCCUCCAUGAUUUGGGAACCAGCUUAGGCAAAAGAGUCCCCACAAGAUGAAAAUAAAGAUCCUAGUUACCAUUCAAAGGGUGCUAACUGUGUGUCAGGCCCCACACUAAGUGCUCUGCUCUGAUAUACUCAAGGCCAUUAAUCUUCAGGACUCCCAUUGAAGUAGGUGUUUCAUUCCCCUUUUACAGAUGAGGAAACUAAGGCUUGGAGGUUAAAUGACUUGCCAGAAGUUGGCAUUUUUUCCCUCUUUGAACAUAACCUCUCCCUUCUCCCUAAAGGUAACUACUAUUCUGAGUCCAAUCGUCAAGGUUUUGCUUUUCUUUAUACCUAAGUAUGCAUUCCUCAAUAGUAGACAGUACAACAUGUUUAUAACAACCCAAUUACAUUAUGUUCUUUGCAUGUUCUAAAGUUGUAUAUAUGUGUGCACAUCUGAGCACGUGCACAUGUACACCUGAGCCAAAAAGACGAGAACCCACUGAUCUCACCACUGGGGCAAGCUAGGUCAGAGCUUAGUGAUUCACACUGAAAUUGGCAAAUUGCAUUUAACCCAAUUAAUAGUGUGUGUGUGGCAGGAGUCAUGUCCCUCACAUCCUUUGUACAAAUGAAAAUUACUCUUAAUUCCUUCAGAUUUAUAAUAACUCUGUACUUUGGUUUCAGGGUGACAUUUGGGAAGGAUUCUGUUUAGAAUUAAUGGAGUGGCACAUUUUGCAGCCUUUUUGCUUGAUUGCAUGUAAUGGAAAUGCCCUAUAUUUUCCCGCAAAAUAAGUACUAAAUUCAUUAUCGUUAAGCAAAUGUACAAUAUGCUCAGGCACCGCAGAGAGCUGGGCACGGGCCCAUGUGAGCAUCGCUUUGGAAGUGGGGCUCUUCAACAGGGACCCUUGAACUUUAAAGAAAGGAACUUCUUUUUGCCUUCUAAUUGAUCAUUUAGACUAUUCUGGCUAAGUCUGCCCACAUGUAAUUACCGGCUAAUUCAGGCGAGGAAAAAUGUAAGUCAUUUAGACCAAAGCCAAGCAGUUUCUUUGCAUGGGUUACUCAAGGGCUUGUGGUUACUUGUAUCUCCUCUAUGUGAACUUGACUUUGAAAGACACAGCUCUAGUGUGCCAGCCUGCUAGGUCCUGCAAGAAUAGGGAAGGGGUGGAGGGGGGUGGGCAGUGACUAGGGGACGAGAAGCAUGGGGAAAAUAUUUGCACUCUAAACAUAUAGAGAUAGAGGUGGGGCUUGUGGUACUUAACACUUGUAGCCAUCAACUGACUGAGACCUUGGGCUAAAUAAUCAAUUGUGCUGAUAUUACAUCUCCUUAUGGAAUGUUCCUAAAUAUGCCAGGUAGACACCAGCCCAAGUACCCUCCUCCAGAAGUCUGUGACUACCUUGUCACUACUUUAGGCCCAUUCCACAAAGCCCAUCUCUGGUUUGAGAAACUCAUUUUGAUCUGUAUCUACACCACCCAAAGUUAGGCCUCCUAUAGUGUCCAAAACAUUCCUUUCAGCCUUUUUAUUUCUUACUGUACUGUCUCUUACUGUACUGUCUAUCUGCAGUAAUUCAGGACCCAUAAAAUUUAGAUAACUACAUGUUUUUGCUCUUAGAAUUGUCACUCAGCAUAAUGAGCAUUUAACAUACAAAGGCAAUGUACUGUUUUGUGUUGAUCUAUGUAAAAGAAUACAAUUUUUUACAUAAUUAGUGAAAUUUUAUUUUUUAUUAGGAAACACUAAAUAGUGUAAUAUUUCUUUUGCUUUUUAAAAAAUUCCUGGUAGCAAAUCAAGAUAAAUAAUUGCUUCAUUUUCUUGAGCAAUACUGAAGCAGGAUGAAGUAAGAGGAAUACAUUCAUUUAAACAUGCUUUGCUUUAUAAAUUUUGUCUCUUUUUUGGUCUUUUUUUCUUAUAUUCAAGUUACAAAUGUACAAGUGUCCUUACUAAGAGUGCUCCUUUUGUAUUUUACAUAUACACAGUAUGAUAAUACAUUGGAACACUAGGAAAGUUUUUAAAUAACAGUUCUAAUUUAUCAGAAAA